AGGGCCCAGGCGGCUCUUCGGGCCCUCACCACGUCUCAUGUGGAUGGCGCCGUGGCGGCUCCGAGCACUGUGCUGAGGGUGGUGGUGGAGAACCUGGUGUACCCGGUCACGCUGGACGCCCUCUGCCAGAUCUUCUCUAAGUUCGGCACGGUGCUGCGGAUCAUCGUCUUCACCAAGAACAGCCAGUUCCAGGCGCUGCUGCAGUAUCCGGACGGAGCGUCCGCCCAGUCCGCCAAACUGUCUCUGGACGGACAGAACAUCUAUAACGGCUGCUGCACUCUGAGGAUCAGCUUCUCCAAACUCAACAGCCUCAACGUCAAAUACAACAACGAGAAGAGCCGAGACUUCACCAGACCGGACCUGCCGAGCGGGGACUGCCAGCCCGCCAUGGAGCACCCCGCCAUGGCCGCCGCCUUCA